GCCACCUCCCCCUUCCUUGCAUCAGCACCAGUCCGUUUAGCCUCGGCGGCGCGCAGUUCUCCUUGGGGGGCGGAGGCGGCGUGGUGCGGCCAUGGCGGAGCCUUCUGAGAAGCUGUACCGGGCCGAGUAUGCCAAGAGCGGCCGAGCCUGUUGCAAGAAAUGCGGCGACAACAUCGCCAAGGACUCGCUCCGUUUGGCCAUCAUGAUGCAGUCCCCCAUGUUUGAUGGCAAAGUACCACAUUGGCACCACUAUGCUUGCUUCUGGAAGCGUGUGCGACUGGUGUCCCACGCAGAUGUGGAGGGCUUCUCAGAAUUGCGUUGGGAAGAUCAGGAGAAAAUCAAGAAAUCCAUAGAAAGUGGCAGUGCUGGGACAGGCAAGAGUGUUGAGCAAGAGGAAAGUAGCAAAGGUGAGAAGAGUUUACAUGAUUUUGCCGUAGAAUAUGCAAAGUCCAACAGAAGUUCCUGCAAAGGCUGUAAACAGAAGAUAGAAAAGGGGCAAAUUAGAAUUUCAAAGAAAAUGGUGCAUCCAGAGAAGCCCCAGUUGGGGAUUAUAGAUAACUGGUACCACCCGACUUGUUUUGUCAGCCACAGAGCAGAACUGGGUUUUCUUCCUACCUUUAGUGCCUCUCAACUCUCAGACUUUGUCCACCUGAAAGCUGAAGAUAAAGAGGUUCUGCAGAAGCAGCUCCCUGCAGUCAAGAAAGAAGGAAAGAGAAAAGGAGAUGAUGUAGAUGCCAAUGCGGUUUCAAAAAAGAAACCGAAAAAGGAGAAGGACAAACAGAUGAAACAGGAGAAGCUGCUGAAGGAGCAGACAGAAUUGAUUUGGAACAUCAAAGAUGAGUUGAAGAAAGCCUGUUCCAACAAUGACUUGAAAGAGCUCCUGAUAGCCAACAAACAAGAAGUUCCUUCCGGGGAAUCUGCUAUCCUGGACCGUGUUGCUGAUGGGAUGGCCUUUGGGGCUCUCUUGCCUUGCGAGGAGUGCAAGGGGCAGUUUGUAUUUAAGGGUGAUGCCUACUACUGCUCAGGGGACAUCACAGCUUGGACUAAAUGUGUUGCCAAGACACAGACUCCCAACAGGAAAGAGUGGGUAACCCCAAAGGCUUUUCGAGAAAUCACAUACCUAAAGAAAUUCAAAUUUAAAAGGCAGGAUAGAGCAUUCCCUCCCGAGGCUGUCUCAACAAACUCCGCACCUCCUCCCACCGUGUCUGCUCCUAUUAUGGAGAAUGCAGAGGCUCCAGCCGAUCAACCGUUAAGUAGCAUGAAGAUUCUGAUCCUUGGGAAAUUGUCAAAGAACAAGGAUGAAAUCAAGUCUGCCAUUGAAGAACUUGGGGGAAAGGUGACAGCUACUGUGAAUAAAGCUGACUUGUGCAUCAGCUCACAAAAGGAAAUUGAAAAAAUGAACAAGAAAAUGGAAGAAGUGAAGCAGGCCCAGGUGCGUGUGGUUUCAGAAGAGUUCCUUCAGGCCUUGAAAAACACCAGCAAGGGCUUUCAGGAGCUUCUGCCACUUCAUAUUCUGUCUCCCUGGGGUACAGAAGUAAAGCAGGAGCACAAAGAGGUGCCUGAGAGAGGAAAAUCUGGUGGACACCCAAACACGAAAAGCACUGGAAAGAACAAGGAAGAGCAAGGGACAAGCAAAUCUGAAAAGAAAAUGAAACUGACGGUUAAAGGAGGUGCUGCUGUGGAUCCAGAUUCAGGUUUGGAGGAUUCUGCUCACGUCUUUGAAAAAGGUGGUAAAAACUUCAGUGCUACCCUUGGCCUAGUAGAUAUUGUCAAAGGGACAAAUUCCUAUUACAAGCUGCAGCUGCUAGAAGAUGACCGAGAAAUCAGAUACUGGGUUUUCCGCUCUUGGGGUCGUGUGGGGACAGUAAUCGGAAGCAACAAGCUGGAGCAAAUGCCAUCUAAAGAAGAAGCCAUUGAACAUUUCUUGAAUUUGUAUGAGGAGAAAACAGGCAACUCAUGGCAUUCCAAAAAUUUCACCAAAUAUCCCAAAAAAUUCUAUCCUCUGGAAAUAGAUUAUGGUCAGGAUGAAGAGGCAGUGAAGAAACUGACAGUGAGUGCAGGCAUCAAAUCCAAACUUCCCAAGCCAGUCCAGGAUCUCAUUAAGAUGAUCUUUGAUGUGGAAAGCAUGAAGAAGGCCAUGGUGGAAUUUGAGAUUGACCUCCAAAAGAUGCCUUUGGGGAAGCUAAGCAAGAGGCAGAUCCAGAGUGCAUACUCCAUACUUAAUGAGGUGCAGCAGGCAGUUUCUGAUGGUGGUGCAGAUGCACAAAUACUGGAUCUCUCCAAUCGCUUCUACACUCUUAUCCCUCAUGACUUUGGGAUGAAGAAACCUCCUCUCUUAAACAACGUAGACUACAUUAAGUCCAAAGUGGAGAUGCUGGACAAUCUGCUUGACAUUGAGGUUGCCUAUAGCCUACUCAGGAGUGGUGGUCAGGAUGGCGAUAAAGAUCCGAUUGAUGUGAAUUAUGAAAAGCUCAAAACAGAUAUCAAGGUAGUAGACAAAGACUCAGAAGAAGCAAAGAUCAUAAAGCAGUAUGUUAAGAACACUCAUGCUAGUACCCACAAUGCAUAUGACUUGAAAGUCAUGGAGAUUUUCAAGAUUGAACGGGAAGGAGAAGGUCAGCGUUACAAACCAUUCAAAGAGUUACACAAUCGUCAGUUGCUCUGGCAUGGUUCUCGUGCUACCAACUUUGCUGGCAUCUUGUCACAAGGUCUUCGAAUAGCUCCACCUGAAGCUCCUGUGACUGGCUACAUGUUUGGUAAAGGUAUCUACUUUGCAGAUAUGGUGUCCAAAAGUGCCAACUAUUGCCACACUUCUCAAACUGACCCAAUAGGCUUAAUCUUGCUGGGAGAAGUUGCCCUUGGAAACAUGUAUGAACUGAAAAACGCUUCCCACAUAACCAAGCUACCCAAAGGAAAACACAGUGUUAAAGGUUUGGGCAAAACAGCACCAGAUCCCUCAGCCACUGUCACUCUUGAUGGUGUAGAUGUUCCUUUAGGCAAUGGAAUUCCAUCUGGAGUUAGCAAUACCUGUCUUCUGUAUAAUGAAUAUAUUGUCUAUGAUAUUGCUCAGGUAAAUCUGAAAUACCUACUGAAACUGAAGUUCAACUAUAAGACAUCUCUCUGGUGAACAACAAAUGCUUUUUUGAAGAGUUAAUAAUGCAAAACGUUUUGAAAUACCUAAGCAUUGAUUCCCACUGCUGGGAUUCACAAAAAAGUUGGAGGGCUUUGUUGAAUCUAAGUUUAGUCAAUCACCUUAGUAGGGCUUUUUAACACACAUGUGCAACACAUGAAACUGAAUACUAUGAGAAAUUUUCUUUUGCCUCCCCCCAUCCCUCUUUCCUGUCAAACCCACUCUAGAUUUGAGGCUACUGUAUUCCUUUAAAUGACAGACCAAAAAAACCCAACACCCAUGAUGUUAGCCUUUUAUAAGAGAGGCAGAGAAGAGUUGUUUAGAACUGUUUACAAGCAUUUGCUUUUGUUUUUUUAAUCUUCCUUAGUUUCUAUUAUGAAUAAAUGUUAAACAUGUUUAUUUUGAAGUGAAAAUAAAAGCUAAUUUCAUACUAA